AUGUCAGCCCUAAAUAUCAUCGAACAUCCGAGUUUUUUAGCACUUUUCAAGGGUAUGAAUGUGAAAGUGCCAUCUAGAAAGACGCUAAUGAAAAGGAUAAGCGAACAUCAUGAACUAAAUAUGUGUGAUAUUAAACAGAAACUAUCAAAUAUUGACUUUGUGAGCACGACCGCUGAUAUUUGGUCCAAUAAAAGGAGAAGUUUUCUCGGAGUGACUGUACAUUGGAUUGAGGAAGACUCAACCAGAGGGUCGGCUGCAAUUGCUUGCAAACGAUUUAUGGGGACUCAUUCGUAUAGAAAUAUUGCAGAAAUUCUUGAAAACAUCAAUUUUAAAUUUGGUUUGACCCAAAAUAAGAUCGUUGGAACGAUCACAGACAACGGAAGUAACUUCGUUAAGGCGUUCAAAGAAUUUCAUGCAGAUGAAGAUAAAGACCUAGAAGAAGAAGAUGUGUUUAGUAUCGCCAACGUUGAUAAUGAAGAUCCAUUAACAACGGAAUCAUUUUCCUUGCCGAAACAUGUCCGCUGUGCAAGUCACACCCUCAAUCUAAUCGGUACAACAGAUUACAAAAACUUCCUAGGAACAAAUACACUCCUACGCACGAGGCAUACUAAUGCGUUCUUUAAAUGCCGCCUGCUUUGGCACAAGGCUAAUAGGCCAAAGUCAAACGAAAUAAUCCAAAAAAUUUUGGGACACACACUUAGCAGCCCGGGUGUCACUAGAUGGACUUAUGAUUCCGUAAAUCAAAUAAUACAAGAAAAGCGUAAACUCGCUACCCUGUCCAGAGCUCUUGAAUUACAGCCAUUUAAAGAUACGAAACUUUUAUACUUGGAGGAGUACUGUGCAGUGAUGAAGCCCCUUGCUGAUACACUGGACUUUUUACAGGGGGAAAAUAAUACGUUUUUUGGGUUUCUGUUACCAAGUUUAUUAUCUCUGUCCAAUCGGUAUGAAAAAAUGCUACAAUCCCAAAGAUUUAUCUAUGGUGGUGACCAAAUAACGCAAAUGUGUUUAGAUAGCCUCAGGAAAAGAUUUUCGGACCUCUUGAAUUUAAGAUCUAAGGAAGCUGUGUUUGCUGCUGUUUUACUACCCCAAUUCAAAUUUAGAUGGUACAAUGUUGUAAAACAUCCUACUAUAACAAUAGACGAUAUAAAAAAACAAAUUGUGGAGGUGGCGGAAAAGAUAGAUCGCGAAGGAAAUACAUCUCCGAACUCACACCAGGAUGAUGCAUUAGAGUCAUUAGACGAAUUUUUUGACUUCAGCGGAACCGGAGACAAUGGGUCUAUGUUUACUGUCGUCGAUGCACGUGAACGUUGUGAACCUACAUCUGCGUCUAGGUCUACAACAACUAAGAUUGAAUUAGAGCUACUGCGGUAUUUGGAGGACAAAGCAUCUAAUAUACAUAGUUUAAAUGAAUAUCCUCGGCUAAAGAAACUCUCGACCCAAUUCAAUACAUGUCUGCCGUCGUCCGGACCAGUGGAAAGACUGUUUUCAUUUGCAACCAUAAUCGAUGCACCUCGCAGAAAUGGUUUAACUGAUGAGAAUUUUGAAAUAUUAGUGCUAUCUAAAGCUAACAAUAAAUAA